AUGGAGAAACAAGACGGUUUAGAGAUGCAGAUCAAGUUCAUAGCGCUCAUUAGUCGAGACAACCAGCCGGUGUGUAUUGAGACGUGCUUGGGCAACGACAACGAUAACGGCAAUGGCAAUGGCAAUGGCAAUGGCAGUGACUGCCUCAACGAGGAGCUCAAGUACAACUUCCUCUCACACAUGGCAUUGGAUGCACUGGAGUGUGCUGAGUCCCCUACCACCACAACAACAACAACAACAAGUACUCCCGCAGGUGCCGGCAGCACGUCUCCCCGUACUAUGCCUGCGUUGCUCUUCAUUGAAGACGGCGUCUCUGUCUAUGGGAACGUCUCUGCAGCCGGUUUCAAAGUAGUCAUUGGAGCUACAAACACUACUUGCACAGGCACAACAAGCUCGAGCCACCUUCGGCGGCUCAGCGACGCGGCGGCACGUGCGCGUCGCGUCUAUAUUGACUGGGCAAGCAAUCCGUUUUCCCUGUACGAGCCCACAGAGGGCGCUGUGCUCAGCGAGAAGCUCAGAGCCAUUAUACGAGAGUGUUAG